AUGACGACCGUCAACGCUUCAAUGAACGACACGACGAUGUCAACGUCAACGUCAACAGAAAUAGGUAAUGUGAGACUGAUGACUCAAACAGAAGCCGAUGAGAACACGACCGCUUUGGCCAGACGCAAACGACAAGCACCCGAAGUCACCACGGUAGCCAUAGAGAAGGUUGUCACGGAGCCUGCUGCCAUAGAAACGGCCAUCACCGAAUCCGUUUCUAUGGAGACGGUUGCUACGGAGCCUGCUGCCAUGGAGACGGUCGUUACGGAAUCGAUUAAUAUGGUGACCGCAGCUACGGACCUUGCUGCCCUGAACACAGUCACUGCGACUUCCGUUGGCAUGGAAACAGUUACCAUGGAUUCUACUAACAUAGAAACGCGCGCGCUACAGUCUACUAGCAUGGAAACGGUCGCGACGGGACCUGUUGCCACCGAGACGGGUGUUACGGAUCACGCUGUCAUGGAAACGGUUUUCAUGGAGCCUGUCGCUAUGGAGACGGUUGCUACGAACCACGCUGUCGUAGAGACAGGUGUCACAGACGCAUUUGCAAUCCCUGCAGCCGACUAUACUACAGUUGCGGGUGUUUCCACGGAUGCGCUUGCCAUCAUAGCAGCUAGAGUACGUCACCAGCCGACAAGGUCACGGCAGAGGUCGUAG